UCUCACUCCUCUCUAGGCCCAUCUGCUGUGGUCUUCACCAAGCCCAGCCGUCGCUUAGUGUCGCCGGUACCGUCUGCCGAGCUCUGGUUCGGCCUUGUUUUGUGAUACGGCUCUAGUGAGGUUCAUUAGGGGUCUGGCUAGGGAGGGUGAUGCCAGGGGAGGCUCAGUCUCGUUUCACGGUUCUCCAGAGCGAGAUUCAGGAGGCUUCACCUGGAUUUGCUUCCCAGUCAGUGUAGGAGAGGCCAAGAACAGUACAAGCCCCGGAGUUUGACAGGCUUUCCUGCAGCUGUUCGCAGACUGGGAGGCUUGCUUACUCAUCGGGUUAAUCGUCAUAUGAGAACCGAUGGAAAACUUUGGAACCAGAGGAAUGGCAACUACGCAAUCUGUCUUCACAUUUGCUCUCUGCAUUUUAAUGAUAACUGAAUUAAUACUGGCUACAGAGAACUAUUAUGAUAUCUUAGGAGUUCCAAAAAAUGCAUCCGACCGCCAGAUCAAGAAGGCCUUUCACAAGCUGGCUAUGAAAUACCACCCAGACAAAAAUAAGAGUCCUGGUGCAGAAGCAAAAUUUAGAGAAAUUGCUGAAGCAUAUGAAACAUUAUCAGAUGAGAAUAAACGACGAGAAUAUGAUCAGUUUGUCCAUCACGGAGGACAAGGAAAUAAUGGAAGCCCGUUCCAUCAGUCAUUUAAUUUCAACUUUGACGACCUGUUCAAAGACUUUGACCUCUUUAGUCAAAACUCACGGUCAAAAAAGCACUUUGAAAAUCACUUCCGAAGUCAUCGGGAAGCUCACAAUCGGCAAAGACGUUCUUUCCAAGAGUUCUCCUUUGGAGGUGGACUGUUUGAUGAUGUGUUUGAAAAUAUGGAAAAGAUGUUUUCAUUCAGUGACUUUGAAAAUGCACACCGACAUGCGGUGCGAACUGAUACCAGGUUUCAUGGAUCCAGCAAGCACUGCAGGACUGUCACUCAGAGACGGGGAAACAUGGUUACUACGUACACAGACUGUUCCGGACAAUAGUGUUUCCUUUCUUUUCAUCUCUUUUCUUUUUCUUUCAACAUCUUCAUAAUCUUUCUUGGUUUUGUGCUAACAUGGAAAAAAAUUCUUUAAACUGUUCGUUCUAAAAAACACUUAACUGCUAUAAAGGAAUUGUAGAUGAAACUAAUCUUCAGAAUAGAAACAACAUGCAUUUGGAAAGUAGAUGUCUCAGUAACUACUUAGAAUGGGAGAGAAAUAAUCUCAUAUGACAGAAAUCAUAUGUAACUUAGUAAACACUUUCCAUAAGUUUGAACUUCAACACAAGAUAUAUAUUUUUAAUUUCAGAAAUGUAAUAUUUUUUCAUAUAUGCCAAUUCAGGACUGUUUGAGUUACUGGUGCAUGGAUUUCAGCAGAGGAGAUACUUUAAUUUUGAAGUGCUGCUUUUUUAAUCAUGUUUUUCCAAGUUUUCACUUGCAGUUUUUACCUGAUAUGGACUUACUGUGCAAAUUGGAUUAUUUAGACAAAAUAGCAGCAGAAAUAUGACUUACAUGGGUCUUUGUUACGCUGUCCAGCAUUGCAAAUGUAGUAAUAAUAAAACACUUCUUAAAGUUGGAAAAUAACAAGAGGGAAUAUGUUAAGAUUGUGCUUCGCCUACGAGAGUGAUGUAGGAAUUACUUUUAUUUCCAAAUAGCCUUUCAUUGGCCUGAAAAGAUUUAAGGAUUUGAAUACCCGUGUCUUAUUUAAGGGGUAUUCACACAAGUAAGUUUGUGUGCAUACAAGGUGUUGUUUUUUUCUUCCAAAAUACAAACAUCUCUUUAGCAGGGUUUGGAAGAGCAUACUGAAAACAGUCUUGUUUUAUGCUUGUUGUGUUACCACAUGUGCAAUGUAGUUUCCGUAGCUCAGUUUAUUAAACUUAAAUACUCCUCUGUGCUCUUGUGAACUUAAACAAGAUAAGCUUGCCUACAGAUUCCUAGUGUUUCUGGAAGGGUCUAAAUAAAAAAUAGAUAGGUUGUGUUUAGAUUGACAGAUCUAUUACCUGGAAAUGGGAAUUUUUCAGCAUUGUGAUUUGAAAGGUAGAUUCUUAUCAUAAACACACAGUAAACCAGAAAAUUACAAUUGUUGUAUUCAUCUGACGCCUUGUGGUGCUGGAAUCUGGUAACAAAGACGGUGCUAAUGAGUAUCAAUUUCAGCACCAUGUAAAUAUAUAACUAGUCUAAACUGUUUAAAACUAACAGAAACCCCCCCCUACAACCAACCAACUAAAAAAAACCACCCCACAACAAAACCCCUGAAUAUUUUAACUGAUGUCAAUUCAAAAGUUCUGCUUUAUUUCUGAACUAAUGAUACAGGAUUAAUAUUUUAAACUGGUUCCCCUUAAUAAGAUUGCUGUCCCUUUAGAAUUGUGAGAUAAGAAUUUACCUUUCAGAUUGAUUGCAUGAGCAAAAUGAGUGUUUUAAACAGCAGUGUUCUAAAUAGGCUUUGAGUUCAUAAAACCUUUCUCAGAAGAGAUUUAACCCUUUGCUUCUUGGAUGGAUAUUUAAAGCUGCCUAUUUUCUAAGUAACUUUAACCUUCCCCUCAAGGGUACGUAUUAUUGCUCGUUCAGUUUUCAUUCACUAAAUACUUGGAAUGGGUUGUUGCUUUAUAUUAAGUGCUUUUCCUUUUCCAUGUUCUUCUUUAUUUAUUAAUAGACUAAUACCUCAUAUAUGGUCUUUAUAAAAAGCCAGUAAUUUGUGCAACAUUAUCGGAAUGUGCAAUAUUCUUACAGUAGGAAAAGUGCUGAGUGAGUGUGUGUUAUUACCACACUUCUCUGUAAGAGAUUUUUAGUUUCUUCUGUAUAAUUAAUAUAUGAUUCAACCAAAAGUUGUAACUCAUGUAGAUUUCUGCAAAUUUUUUUGUUUAAUAUACUCCAUCAGUCCUGUGCAUGAAUCAAAUUAUCUGCCUGAUUCAUACCAUAUGGGCAUCCAAGUGAACAAAUUAUAAACUUAAAGUUCUGAACUACUUUCGCAAAUACCAAGUUUUUGGAGGGCAUUUCUGUAUGCGUUUGAGGAGAAUUGUUUACGCUGAUAAGAUUUUGGAAGGAUGUGGCCUUCAGUAUUAAAUACAAGAGAGAGUAUUAGUGAAUGUCCUUUAGGGAUGAUGGCUGCUGGAAGUUAGAGGUUGGUGGCAACUCUACAAGCAGGAUGCAAAGGUAAAAUGUUAAUGCCUUUUUUAUGCUAGUGCAUAUUUUCUUAAUUUGAAAAAAAAAUUGGAGACAGCAGAAUGAGUAGUUCCUAAGCAUGGGAGAAGGAAUAUUGAAUGUUCCUACUAGAACUAAACCAUUGACUUCUCCAAAGGUAGUUUUCUCCAGUUAAGAACUUGAGUCCAUCCCUAAUCCUGAAUUAGAGGAGUAAAAGCUAAAAUAAUCACUGGAAAUUGUAGGAAACACAGCCACCCCCAAAAUUUAAGUCUAUUUUAAGUGACUGUAUGAGUUCAGUGUAUGAGUUCAGCAUCUUUCAGCAUAAGCUUUUAGGUGAAAAUCAAGGGUCCUUGGCUGCUUCUAGGUUAGCUUCCCCUCUUUGAGGAUGCUCCAGACUUUAUUAAUACAAAGUGUACUUGUUUCCUUAACUCUUUGCAGUCAAAGUAUGAAACUGGUAAUAUAGUGGUAGGGUUGCUAGUUUCCUAGCUGAUAGUACCUUAAAAAAAACUUCUGCCUAGUCUAUUUUUACCUGCUUCCAUAUUAGUUCUCUUAAUUGUCGUAGGAAAACCAACAAAUGCUUCCUAUGGCUUCUCAAAGUGACCUUUCUGCUUGUUCUGGUUGUUGAUCCAAGGUAAAAUCCAAAGGAGAGCUUGUCACUGGCGUUGCAGAGCCUAGAGUACUGCUAGCUAUGACUGUCUACGAUGGGUGUGCUCUGAACAGACUUUAGCUGAAGAAAUUCGGGCAAGCCUUCCUCAGCCAGCAGUCCUCUGUUCCAUGGCUAUCAGAACACAAGCUUGCAAAACAUGUUGUGCUUCUCACUUAUUCAGAGUUCUUGCAUGUUCUUUUCCUAUUUAUAGUGCUUGCUUCAUGGCAGGCUCUCCAGCGGAAGUCCUGAUGUAACCUUAUGACACCCCUGACUUCAGAAUUCUCUGAAGUGCCAUCUUUGAUCUCCAUAUCUUGUGAGAAGAUCCAGCAAAACCCUAUUUUCUUUGUUGUGUGAGGGUGAAAAAUACAAUUCUUAACAAUUUAUUGAAAGGCGUUUAUGCAUAUGUAACUCCAGAUGGUUAAGUUUCUGAAACUUUACAAAAUAAUAGUGGUUUUUUUCUUGUUUGUUUUUUUCCCAUUAUACUUUUGAAACACAGUAUCUAGUGGAGAUGAAAGUACUGUAAACUUAAUUAGGGUGCCAUUACAUUAAACGUGUGAAAAUUC